GUCUGUGGUACACAUUUCAUUUGUGAUGCGUGGGUGACAGGAAGUGAGCGAGAAGCAACAUCCUUUGAUGCAGCAUCAUCACUCGCAGUUCUCAUCGCAUAUCAGAAAAACGGACUGAAAAGGCUGAUUGGAAUUAUUAAAAUAUGCAAUUAAAAUUUUCUUUCUCGCUGCUUACUUUCUUUGUCUUGGUAACUCUAGUCCAAGCAAAAACUACCCCAAACGCAAAACGCUCAGGUUCUCAGUCAAAUCAAAGCCCAUGCGACCCUUAUUGGUACUCGAUGGACAACCCUGCAGUGACUGAUUGUAGAGAUAUUAUCAGGGUGAUGGGUCGCAUGGCAGCUGACACGUCGCUUGUGCUUCUCACUGAAAAGACUAAACUUUCAUCAACAGAUGCACCCGUUGAAAUGAUCCUUGGACUUGACCAGAAAUUUGCUGAAUGCGUGCUGCAAACUGAUGAUAAAGUUCUUCCCAUGGACGAAAUUUUCCUGCAAGAAAAGGAGCGCGUUUAUGAGAACAACAAAUUCUUGACGGAUAUUGUAAAUUUGUGCACUCAGACUGUGCAAACUGUUUGCCCGUUCAAUCCAGUUUUCAACGAUGAUGACUUGAGUAAAAUCAACUGCAUUCCACAUCCCCUGGAGCUGCUCAAAUGCAUUAGACAAGUCGGGAUACCAGAAUGCAAUGUGAAAAGGACAAAGCAGGAGGAAAUCAAGAUGAAGGAGCCAAGAUCGUGGGACUCGAAAAUAAAACAAGCUGCUUCGAAGAACAAACCAAAGAAAGUUGACAGAAUGUGAAUAAAUUUGUAAAGUG